AUGGGUGUUCGGUCUUUGUCGAUUGAACUCGCAGAAAAAGCUCGCGUGGAACUAAAUGAAGAACCGAAUAGGAUUGCCAGUGACCUGAAAUUUAUCAAGGACUGGUUGUCAAAGCAACCGCAUUUACGAGCUUGCACAGACGAUCAAUGGCUAGUAUCGUUUCUGAGAAGCUGUACAUACAGUCUGGAAAGAACAAAGGAAAAGUUGGAUCUUUAUUAUUCACUCCGUACUGUUGCUCCAGAACUUUUUAAUGUCAAACAUGACUAUCCGAAGUUUGAUGAAUUGCUGAGCUUAGGAGCACUCUUAGUCCUUCCAGAAACAGCUACUCCAACCUCACCACGGACAAUAAUGAUUCGCCCCGGUACAUUUAGUCCCGAUAAAUUUAAUAUAAGUGAAGUCUUCGCUUUUAUAUAUAUAGUUCAAAAGAUUUUAAUUUUCAAUGACGAUAUAACCACGGUCUCUGGAAUUCAGUGGAUUAUUGAUUUAAAAGAUGUAACGAUCGGUCAUCUCUUACAAAUGACACCAAGUGUUAUAAACAAGAUGGUAUACAGUACACAGGAAAGUGCUCCAAUAAGAAUGAAGGGCAGCCAUUUUGUGAACGCUCCGGCUAACUUUGGAAAAGUUUUGAACACUAUGAAGGUUUUCUUAAACGAAAAAAAUAAGAGCACACUGUAUGUACAUCAAAACUAUGAAGACUUGUAUAAACACAUUCCUAAGAAAAUGUUACCGAAAGAUUUCGGAGGAGAUUCUGUGUCCAUAAAAGAAAUUACAGAUAGUUGGACGGCUAAAUGGAAAGAAUUUGCCUCAUGGUUGAAAGAAGACAUGAAGAACGGAACAGAUGAAUCGAAACGACCAGGUCGUCCAAAGACUGCUGAGAGUAUUUUUGGAGUAGAAGGAUCGUUUCGUCGGCUUGAUUUUGACUGAUAUUUAAUGUGAUUAAUAAAAUCUUGCAUAUAUUUUAUGUGAUAAAAUGUAAUUAUACAUAUUUAAAAAAA